AUGCUGGAGGAUAUACACCAGACCAUGCCUAUAAGCGGCUCAUCGUCCAGCUGGUAUGCAUUGAAUUCUACCGCCGCCUCCGCCGCCGCGCUCAUCGUCGCAAUUGUCUCCCCUAAGCUCGGCCUCAGCCUAGACACCGAACCCCUGAAAUCCUCCUGA